GCGGAUGAAGGCGACGGCAGGCGCGGGAAACCUUCUCUCCUGCCAGUCUUUUUUUUUAACCGCUAAAACUGGGCGCACCUUUUUUUUUUUUUGGUGGAUGAGAGGCGGACAAGAUAGGAGGCCGGUGCUGGUCCUGAUGUGCAGCUGCGCCUCAUCACGAUUCCUCACGGACACGCGAGGCUGGACCGUCGACGCUCUCUCCGUCUGAACGGGAGGAUGGACGUGAACAACGUCGACACUUUAGAGAGAGAAACGGCGAGGCUUCGCUGAGAUGUAGACGUCGACGGAAGAGGAGAAGAACGCGGAGUCCGACUAUUGUCAUCGCGCUGCUGCAUGUGCUGUCGCGCAUUCUCUGCACGCGAGGGCCGACAGCCCGCAUCCUCUCUGGGCAUCGAACCCGUGGGAAUUAUGACGAGAGACAUCGACAGGAAGGCGUGAGGUCCAGUGGCUGACCAGAGGAGGACGCCCGGCUGUGUUCGUGCUCCGCAGGUACCGUCGCCCACACCGCCACUCCCUGUUCAAUACUUGCCAUUUUUCAUGCAUCGUGAAACACGGAGGAAAGUGUAGGAGAGAUGCGGGAGACGCAGUGAGCGAGGAGGAGGAGGAGGAGGAGGGAAGCGGGAGAAUUGACGGCUCCUCUAACUGCGGCUGGAAGCGUGUCUUCCUAACUCUUCUUGCCCGGGAUGGCGGCGUCACAGUGGUUACUGGGGGUGGUCCUCCUCACUUUGACUCACGUCUCUCCAUCCAGCCAAGCCAUGUCCCGGGCGACCAUGCCGUUCGGGCUGUUGCGCCGAGAGCUGGCGUGCGAAGGCUACCCCAUCGAACUGCGCUGCCCUGGAAGUGACGUAGUCAUGGUGGAAACAGCCAACUACGGACGCACCGACGACAAGAUUUGUGAUGCGGAUCCCUUCCAGAUGGAAAACACACAGUGUUACCUUCCCGACGCCCUCAAGAUAAUGGCCCAGAGGUGUAACAACAGGACUCAGUGCGUGGUGGUUGCAGGGGUGGAUGUCUUCCCAGACCCCUGUCCGGGAACAUACAAGUACCUGGAGAUCCAGUAUGAAUGUGUCCCCUACAAAGUGGACCAAAAAGUUUUCGUAUGCCCCGGCUCGCUGCUCAGCAUCCAGCCGGCCUCCUCUCUGCUGGAGGCGGAGCAUCAGUCCGGGGCUUGGUGCAAGGACCCGCUGCAGUCUGGAGACAGACUCUACGUCAUGCCGUGGACGCCGUACAGGACGGAGGUGCUGUACGAGUACGCCUCCUGGGACGACUACAGGCAGAACAGAGUCACCACCACCUACAAGUUACCGAGUCGCGUAGACGGCACGGGGUUUGUGGUCUACGACGGUGCGGUGUUUUACAACAAAGAGCGAACACGCAACCUGGUCAAGUAUGAUCUGCGGACCCGGAUCAAGAGCGGCGAGGCCGUUGUUCCCAACGCCAACUACCAUGACACCUCUCCCUACCGCUGGGGCGGGAAGUCAGACAUCGAUCUGGCGGUGGACGAAAACGGUCUGUGGGUCAUCUACUCCACCGAAGCCAAUAAUGGACGCAUUGUGGUCAGCCAGGUGAACCCAUACACCCUACGCUACGAGGGUACGUGGGCGACAGGCUUUGACAAAAGAGGGGCGAGCAAUGCCUUCAUGGCCUGUGGGGUGCUUUACGCCGUGCGAUCCGUCUUCCAGGAUGACGAAGGUCAAGCCGAGGGUCGGGUCGGCAGUGACAUGGUUGUUUAUGCGUAUGACACUAGUCGUGGUCAAGAGCUUCCAGUCCAAAUACCGUUCCCGAACCCGUACCAGUACAUCUCCUCCAUCGACUACAACCCUCGAGACAACCAGCUGUAUGUGUGGAAUAACUACUACGUGCUGAGAUACCCGCUGCAGUUCACACCACCUCCCCCCACGAAAGGGCCCCUCUCCUCCCUGAUGACCACAGUUCGCUCCUACACAGCCACUGUGGCACUGACCCCAGUACGUCCGUCAGCCUCUCAUCCAAUAGGCGUCAUCAACCGAGGACCUUUUGACCAGAGGCCAAUAACAGCCAUGGUGCCACUGACCCCGCGCCCUCCUCUUCGCGUCCCACUGGCCCCUGGUGGACCUGGUCAAGUAGGUGGAUGUGAAGGACGGGUGGCGCGCGGAGUCCAGUGGCCACCCACUCUGAAAGGAGAGACGGUGGAGAGGCCCUGCCCCAAAGGGUCACUUGGAAUCGCCUCCUAUCAGUGCGUGUUGUCCCCGGUGGGCUGGAGCUCCAGAGGGCCUGACCUUUCCAACUGCACUUCUCCCUGGGUCAGCCAAAUCGCACAGAAGAUAAAAAGUGGGGAGAAUGCAGCUAACAUCGCCGGGGAGCUAGUCAACCUGACACGUGGGCGGAUCUACGCCGGUGAUGUCAGCAUGUCUGUCACGCUAAUCGAGCAGCUCCUGGACAUCCUGGACUCUCAGCUGCAGGCCCUGCGACCGGUCAAUAAGGAGUCUGCGCCUCGCAACUACAACAAGCUGCAGAAGAGGGAGCGCACAUGCAGAGCUUAUGUUCAGGCUGUGGUCCAAACCGUUGAUAACCUGCUGGGUCCAGAGGCUCUGGUCUCCUGGGCCGACAUGAGCAGCGUUGACCAGUCACGUGCCGCGUCCCUGCUGUUAGAUGCAGUCGAAAAAGGGGCUUUUCUAUUGGCCAACAAUCUCUACGAGGGUCGCUUCAGCGACAGAACGCCUAACGUCGACGUGGAGGUUUACGUGCUGAACACUGAAGCAGACAUACAAGACAUCAAGUUCCCUCACUCCUACGACAGCGACAGCAUCCUUCAGAUCUCAGCCGCGGCUCUGCAGCAGUACAGCAACAAUGGACAAGUGAAGCUGGUCCUGUCCCUUUACAAGAACCUGGGCUCUUUCCUGAGCACCCAAAACUCCCCGCUGCGACUGGUGCUUGGGGUCAGCCAGGGGUCAGACGUCCGGCGAAGGAGCCUCGUGGUCAACUCCCAUGUCAUCUCCGCGUCUGUGCACCGAGGCUCCAACCGCGUGUAUCUCUCCGACCCGGUGGUCUUCACUCUCCGACACCUGCAGCUGGAGAACCAUUUUGGACCCAAUUGCUCGUUCUGGAACACGUCAAAAGUGUCUGGCGGUGGCAGGUGGUCGACGCAGGGCUGUCGUCUCUUAGACACCAACAACACACACACGACCUGCGCCUGCAACCAUCUGUCCAGCUACGCAGUGCUCAUGACUUAUGAACAACCAGCUUCCGGGGCUGGAGUGGAAGAGCUGUUGGUGUACGUCAUAUCGUGGGUCGGCAUCGCUGUGGCGCUGGUGUGUUUGGCCGCCUGUCUCACCACCCUGUGCUGCCAGGGGGCGCCCUGGCACACAGACCACAGCACCAUCCACUGCAACCUGUGGGCAAAUUUGAUCCUGACCGAGCUGCUCUUCCUGGUUGGAGCCAACAAGACUCAGUACACGGUGGUUUGCUCCAUCGUAGCUGGGCUGCUCCACUUCUCCCUGCUGUCUGUGUUUUCCUGGUUGUGCCUGGAGGGGGUGGAGCUUUAUCUGCUGCAGCGAGAGGUGUUUGAGGGACGCAACUCCAGGAGGAAGUACUUCUACUUGUGUGGAUACUCCGUUCCCAGCCUGGUGGUGGCGGUCUCAGCUGCCAUUGACUUCAGAGGCUACGGCUCCACAACAGCGUGUUGGCUCCGAGCAGACAACUAUUUCAUCUGGAGCUUCCUGGGUCCUGCGUCAGUCAUCAUCACGUUGAAUUUGGUGAUCUUGGUGAUGACCUUACACAAGAUGCACAGCACCGCCGCCCUCAAGCCAGACUCCAGUCGCCAUGACAACUUGAGAGCCUGGGCGGUGGGCUCCCUGACGCUGCUCUUCUUGCAGAGCGUCAACUGGUCGUCCGGCCUGAUGUUCCUGUCAGCGCCGUCGCUCCUCCUCGCGUACCUCUUCGCCUCCCUGAACACAGCGCAGGCUCUGCUCAUCACCAUCCUGCACUGCACCCUUGCCCGCAAGGGUCAGAAGGACUACGGUCGAUGUCUGCGUCUCUCCCAGUGCUGCGUCUCCUCCACCACCAGCUCUCCUGACUCCGUGAAAGGCGCCGCUCUCCGCUCCAACAGCCGCUACACCAGCAGCCAGAACCGCAGGGCGACAGCCAACAGACAGAGUCGAAUCCGCCGGAUGUGGAACGACACCGUUCGGAGGCAAACCGAGUCUUCGUUCAUCGCUGCUGAUGUCAACAACACUCCGACUCUGAACCGAGCUGCUUUGGGGAACCAUUUUCUCACCAACCCAGUGUUGCAGACACAUGCGGGAGCGUCUCCGUACGACACCAUGCUUGCUCAAGGGUACAAUCAGCCCUUCACUGCUUCAGUCGGAACCUUCAGAAACAAGCAGAAGGUUGGAGUGUCCCAAAGCCAGGAAUCCUGUGGGCUGGACAGUGUUUGUCUCAACGGAGGCUACACCCCCAACACCUUCACCCUGCACGGUCUGGGGUCCACACCGGGGUCCCGAGCUGGAGUCGUUGGCAGCACAGAUCUUCUGAGAGAGGGAGGAGUGGGGAUGGGAGGCGAUGAUAUCUCCCCAGGUCUCCUCACUCCUCACAGCGCCUCCGAUUUGAGCAGCGGAGCUGGAAUGCGUCGCAACCUCAGUGAUGCUGCGGCGCUGGAGAAGAUGAUCAUCUCAGAGCUGGUGCAGAGUAACUUGAGGCCCUCGGUGGACAUGCCGGUGCCUCCGGAGCGCUACGGGAGCCUGGCGAGGCCACACCAUCCUGACAGGGCCGCCCUCGCACACACUGCUACGCUGACUCGACAAGCCCAGCAGUCACAAGAGGUGUGGGCUGCCACCAUGCAGCCCACCACACGGCCCAACCCUCAGGAGCCGUGGGCACAUAUGAGGCACCACACACAAGACACUGAAGCACAUUCCAUGGCGCACGGACAAGACCAUGCCACGACGCCGCAGCUGCAGGACGGGUGGCCACGCACACGUGCUCCUGGAGAUCCUGACUCGUGUGACUUUCUCAGAGAUGGCGACAGGUUGCAACUGCAAGGCACUCUGGGUCGUCGAGGGCUACAGGACAGACAGCAGUCCCGGCCCCCUGAUGUUCAGGCUCGCCCCUACUCAACCCUCAGCCGGACCCCUGGUACUCUGUCCCGCCACCGCAGCGCAGCCGAGUCCAGCUGCGGCACAGAAAGGGACCGGGAGAGAGAUCGGGAUCGUUACCGAGACAGACCUCUCCCUCCUCCUCCUCCACCGCCACCUCAGGAGGCAGAGCCACUUUACAAAGCUCUAGAGGAGCCGCUGCUGAUGAAGCAGAGGGAGCCUCCGGGGGUGGAGACGUGGAGAGGAGGCCACGAAAGGGAGAAGGAUGAGACCUACCUUCUAAAAAGGGAUGGGAUGAUAGACGAUUGGAGGACGGCUGCCGACAGGAGUCGAGACGAGUGUUUCGCCUCCCAAAAGAGAAACGGAGAGACGGAUGACUGGAGGGGCGGAAUGGAAAGAGUGAGGGAUGAACCCUUGCUGCUGGAGAAGAGGGAUGGGAGGCUGGAUGUGUGGCGAGGAGGCCCAGAGACCGAGCAACAAGAGACCUUUAUUACGCAAAAAAAAGAUUUUGGGAUUGAUGGAUGGAGGUCCGGAUCUGGAAGAGAGAAGGAGGAAUCCCUGUUUUUGAAGGACAGAGAUGGUUGGAGAGCGGGAAUAGAGCGUGAGAACGAGAAGCAGAAAGAUCGAGCGCUGGAUGUCUGGAGAGGAGGGAGGGAUAUUGACAGGGAGGAAUCCUUCCUGUUCGAGAGCAGCGAAGCGGGUCAUGACGGGAGGAAAAGAGGGAAAGAAAGGGGGUCUUUGCCGUUUCAUGCUGAACGGGAUGAUUCUGACGGCUUUACUCUUCCCCUGACUCCCGACCUUGACCUCGACCAUGACACCUCACCGAUCUACACCCGAGAUUCAAACCCUUCACCCCUCUAUCCCGGAGACUGUCACUCUCCACCUCUCAGUAUCUUCCCGCGAAGCUCUCCGCCGAUGAAUGUCUUUGCACCCCGCGACACAAACUCACCCCCCAACAACCUUUACUCCCGCCACUCCCCGCAAGUGUACAGCCGCAGCAGCUCACCACCGCGGUUCUACACCCGCACCUCACCCCCGACGCUCUCUUACCCAGACAGUAGCCCAGACGGUCAAGACGGCAUCAGCCCCACUGGUCAGCCUCAGCAGUCCGCUUUGGAGCUGCCGUACAGCCUGGGACGCCCUCCUUUGGGCCCGCGGCCGAAUCAUCUGCAGACCUUCUACCAGCCGCCGCCAAUGGCCUCCAAUGGAGACACAGCCUACACGCCAGAACCUACCUCCGAUGGCGACGAUGGACAGAUGCAGCGGGUGACGAGCCUGUGACUAGGGCGGUGGUGAUUGGGGUAUAGACACCAGGCAGGGGGGGCGUAAGACAGUGUUAGAAACAGCGAUGAAGCCUCUGAUGGAAGUGCGGUGUUUAUAAAAAAGAUAACCCAUUCAAAAGGAUGGAGAGCUCUCCUCCUGGCCUCUAUCUCCUGAUCACCACGAGACGAUCCCCCUCUCAUGUUUUGUUACUUCUGGAUGACUGAUCCAAACUGGACUCCUCCUGGUCUCUUCUCCCUCCCUGGUCCCCGUUGUGUGCUCCUGCUUCCUCUGUGCACAUCCUUCUAAGCCCAUCCCCUUAGUUUCUCUCAGUUCAUCGGUUGGGUACCGGCCUCCUCGUAGCAAGCAAGCAGUGUGUCAAAUAAGCACUUGUGUGUUGCCAAAAAAAUCCUUUCCAAGAACAUGUGCAUGACUUUCUAGUGGCUUAGCAAGGCUACAAACCAUAGGGGGAAAGUGCAAAAGUGUGUUGUGUGUAUGGGAAUAGCUUGAUGAGCAUGAGUGUGUGUGUCUGAAAGAUAAUGUAUAUACAUCAUUCUUGUAUUAUUAAUGUAUCACAGUGGAACAUUUGAUCAAUAUCAAUGGGGGCUUUGAGACUUUACCCCGUCCUCCUGAUUUUAAAUCUUUCUCCAAGACCAAAACUUCUGCUGUCCCCAAACCUACCACAAACUCUUGGUGACGGAACAAGUUGCUACAGGGUUUGCUAUGGCAUCUGAACUUUUGACUCCAGAACUGAUCGUGUAAAACCUCAGAACUUUUCUGCAACGCCCUGAAACCUGUGUACAUAUCAACCCCAAGUGUUCUGAUUGUCUUGUAUUGCUAUUGAAGUUACAGUUAACAUGUGAAAUAAAAGUUUCUCUGUGUGUUUUGGGGUGUGAAUGAACAAUGUUACAAGUGGGUUUCCUCGACAGAGGAGCAAUUGAAAGAAUUAUGUCUAAAUAACUUAAGGUACUUGAUGUUUUUCAGUGUUGGAUGGAUGGAGCAAGAAAUUAACAGAGAGUUGAGUCAGAAGACAGAAGUUUUUUUUUCUCCUUUCAACAUGCUUUCAUGUACUCUCCCUAGGUCAUGAGUUUUCUCCGCGGGGUGUCAAUGAGCUCCCUUUCAACCAGGACAGGCUUCCAGUUGAACUGCUUCCUCUCCUUGAAGAGAAGCGAGCUGACAUGGCUCUGGCAUCCCCUUCUUGUUUCAGGCUGAUCCAAGUGGGAGGAGACCCAAAGACACCUCUUGCUGAAGGAGAAAGUGGUCGACUUCAACUGCUGGUGGUGGCCCAAAGCUUGGAAUGGAAGUGGCUGAAGUUUUCACUGGGAGAGAAUAGGGCAGAUGGGAUUAGAACCAAGUGCCCCUGUUGGACGGGUCAUGUGGAAAGUUUGUCAACAAAGACAUAUGAAUGAGGAGUGUGAACUAGAUGGAGAAUGUAAACUUCUUCCAUGAACUUGCUGGAUAGGGAUAAUUUAACAAUUUAUUAAAAUAAAUAAUAUAAACACAAAAGACAAACAGGAACGGUAAACCACAGGCGAGGAAGCACGGGCAGGGAGAAA